UCAUUCGUCUUCCUAACAGACUACGCCAAUCAGCCUUCAUUGAAGUGUACGUGGAUUACGCAAUUAAUGUAUACUUUAUUGUACGAUCAACGUUUGCCAUGUUGUCUAAUUCAUAAUUACUACUCCUUCCUUGCUUUGGCUGUGCCUCCUGAUAUGUUCAGUACGCGUUGGCCGAAAAUGAAACAGCCACCAUUUAAAUGUUAAAAUUAAAUUCGCAACAGUUACGUAUAUACGCAAAACAAUUUCGCUAAGAUUCACCACCGACCGUAACCGAUGGAAGUGUAUCCCAGGAGUUUGCCUAUGUCAGUUAUCAAUUCGAACGGUGCAACGGAACCAAUAACUCGAAAAAGCUUUGCAUGCAAACACAGUUUAUUUCUUCUUCGCUUUGUUGGAUUAUGGGCCGAAGAUGGUCAGUUUGAGUCAAAUAAGCAUUCUAAGCUGACUGGAUAUUUUGUAGCAUUGAUUAUCGUUGGGACAUUUGGAUUUCAAUUUAGCCUCAUAAACAGAGACACAAAUGGAGAAGUCAUUGCUAAAUUUAUUGCCGAGUUUUUAGCGGCAAUAACUGCCCUGUUUAAGAUAUUGCCGAUGACAUGGACCAGCAAAAGCACAUUAGAAAUUUGGCAAAAGACAUAUCGCAUCAGAUCGAUUCCGAAAAGAACUUUGAUCGAAGAAAAAAUAACUGACGAUUGGGACAGUUUUCAAUGCAAAAUAAUAAAAGUCCUGAUUCGAUGUUACAUCGCAUUACUCAUACUAUAUCAAGCGAGUUGUUGGUUGCACGGCGAUAAAUUUAUUCUGAACGAUGCCUUUCCCGACUGGGCCAAAGCCAGCCCGUGGUAUUAUCUGGUUUACGUAGUCACAACCGCGGUGUUUUGGUUACGUUUUGUGUUUGUAUUGGCUUAUGAUAUUUGUAGCGUCAUUGUCAUGUGCCGAUUGUACAGUGAAAUACAACUUGUGCAGCAGUUGAUCGGCGAGCUGGAAGAAAAUAAUUACGAAGCUUUUCGAUACGCAAUGAUGAGGCAUGCUGUAGUUUUGGAAUAUGGACGCACGAUUUGCGAGAAUUAUUCAACGGUGUUUAUGUUUCAACAUUUCGACAUCGCCAUGAGCAUUUCCUUUUUGGGAGCUGUAGCUAUUUACACAAGCGAUUUUACUUUGCAAAUGAAGUUAACAUUAUUUAUGGCGUUCUAUAUAUCGCAGAUGGCCAUUAUCUGCUAUGCGGGCGAAAAGUUAUUGCAGGAAAGUCUGAAGACCGCCAGUAGCAUUGAAAACUCCGUGGAUAAGUUUUUAAACGACAUUCCGUCUUUGAGAUUGUUGUCCAUGAUGUUACUGAGAUCGCAAAAACCCUUACAAUUCAGUUUCGGAAGUACACGCUUGAGUCUGAGUUGUUACAGUCGAACCCUCAAUACUAUAUAUUCAUUUUUCAUGAUAUUGAAAACUAUGAUUGAGUAAUUUGGUGUAUUUGUUAUUGCAUAUUAUAUUGCGUACCAUCCAAGCGACGAUGGAGCGUGAAAGCUCCGUUUUAUAAAAAACUUUAUCCGCGAUAGUUACUUUCAUGAAAAUACCAAUGGAUCGCGUGACAUUCAAAUAUCAAGUAUAGCUUACUAAACGUGGAAGGUCAAAAAUGUACUUAUUGAAAACUUGAUAAAUA